CGCGCCCACCUCCUUCGUGGCGCGUGGCCUGACGGGAGCGGGCUGGGAGGUGGCGGCCCGGCCCAAUGGGUGCGGGCUCCCGAGGAGAGGGAGGAGGAGAAGAGGAAGCAAGCGGGCUGUGGGCCGCGUCCCCAUUCAUUGCAGUGGCCUGCUGGGUUGGGGUCCAGUGUUUCCGGAGUCAUGGAAGCGCUGAUCCCGGUCAUCAAUAAGCUGCAGGACGUCUUCAACACCGUGGGUGCCGACAUCAUCCAGCUGCCUCAGAUCGUCGUAGUGGGAACGCAGAGCAGUGGGAAGAGCUCAGUGCUGGAAAGCCUAGUGGGACGGGACCUUCUUCCUAGAGGGACUGGUGUGGUCACCCGGAGACCUCUGAUUCUGCAGCUGGUCCACGUUUCACCGGAAGACAAAAGAAAAACAACAGGAGAAGAAAAUGACCCUGCCACAUGGAAAAACUCAAGACACCUUUCUAAAGGAGUUGAAGCAGAAGAAUGGGGUAAAUUUCUUCACACCAAAAACAAGCUUUACACAGAUUUUGAUGAAAUUCGGCAAGAAAUUGAAAAUGAAACCGAAAGAAUUUCAGGAAAUAAUAAGGGAGUGAGCCCUGAGCCAAUCCAUCUCAAGGUUUUCUCACCCAACGUUGUCAACCUGACACUUGUGGAUUUACCGGGAAUGACAAAAGUACCUGUAGGUGAUCAACCCAAGGAUAUUGAGCUUCAAAUCAGAGAACUUAUUCUUCGGUUCAUCAGUAAUCCCAAUUCCAUUAUCCUUGCUGUCACUGCUGCAAAUACAGAUAUGGCAACAUCAGAAGCACUCAAGAUUUCCAGAGAGGUAGAUCCAGAUGGGCGCAGAACUCUAGCUGUAAUCACUAAACUUGAUCUCAUGGAUGCGGGUACUGAUGCCAUGGAUGUAUUGAUGGGAAGGGUUAUUCCAGUCAAGCUUGGAAUAAUUGGAGUAGUUAACAGGAGCCAACUCGAUAUUAACAACAAGAAGAGUGUAACUGAUUCAAUCCGUGAUGAGUAUGCUUUUCUUCAAAAGAAGUACCCAUCUCUUGCCAACAGAAAUGGAACAAAGUAUCUUGCUAGAACCCUGAAUAGGUUACUUAUGCAUCAUAUCAGAGAUUGUUUGCCAGAGCUGAAAACAAGAAUAAAUGUCUUAGCUGCUCAGUAUCAGUCUCUUCUAAACAGUUAUGGUGAACCCGUGGAUGAUAAAAGUGCUACUUUACUCCAGCUUAUUACCAAAUUUGCCACAGAGUAUUGUAACACUAUUGAAGGAACCGCAAAGUACAUUGAAACUUCUGAGCUAUGCGGUGGUGCUAGAAUUUGUUAUAUUUUCCAUGAGACUUUUGGGCGAACCUUAGAAUCUGUUGAUCCACUAGGUGGCCUUAACACUAUUGACAUCUUGACUGCCAUUAGAAAUGCUACUGGCCCCCGUCCUGCUCUUUUUGUGCCUGAAGUUUCAUUUGAGUUACUGGUCAAACGUCAGAUUAAGCGUCUAGAAGAGCCCAGCCUCCGGUGUGUGGAACUGGUCCAUGAGGAGAUGCAAAGGAUCAUUCAGCAUUGCAGCAAUUACAGUACACAGGAAUUGUUACGGUUCCCUAAACUUCAUGAUGCCAUAGUUGAAGUAGUGACUUGUCUUCUUCGUAAAAGGUUGCCCGUGACAAAUGAAAUGGUACAUAACUUAGUAGCAAUUGAGCUAGCAUAUAUCAACACAAAACACCCUGACUUUGCUGAUGCCUGUGGGCUAAUGAACAAUAAUAUAGAGGAACAAAGAAGAAACAGGCUAGCAAGAGAACUACCUUCAGCUGUAUCACGGGACAAGUCUUCUAAAGUUCCAAGUGCUUUGGCACCUGCCUCCCAGGAGCCCUCCCCUGCUGCUUCUGCUGAGGCUGAUGGCAAGUUAAUUCAGGACAACAGAAGAGAAACUAAAAAUAUCGCACCUGCAGGUGGUGGGAUUGGAGAUGGUGGUCGGAUUGGAGAUGGUGGUCGGAUUGGAGAUGGUGGUCAGGAACCAGCAACAGGCAACUGGAGAGGAAUGCUGAAAACUUCAAAAGCUGAAGAAUUACUUGCUGAAGAAAAAUCAAAACCAAUUCCAAUUAUGCCAGCAAGUCCACAAAAAGGCCAUGCUGUCAAUUUGCUAGAUGUGCCAGUUCCAGUUGCACGAAAACUGUCUGCCCGAGAACAGCGAGAUUGUGAGGUUAUUGAAAGACUCAUCAAAUCAUAUUUUCUAAUUGUCAGAAAGAAUAUUCAAGACAGUGUCCCAAAGGCAGUAAUGCACUUUUUGGUUAAUCAUGUGAAAGAUACUCUUCAGAGUGAAUUAGUAGGGCAGCUGUAUAAGUCAUCCUUAUUAGAUGACCUUCUGACUGAAUCCGAGGACAUGGCACAGCGAAGAAAGGAAGCAGCUGACAUGCUGAAGGCAUUACAAGGAGCCAGUCAGAUUAUCGCUGAAAUCCGAGAGACUCAUCUUUGGUGAACACAACUGUUUGAUAUCUACACUUUGCUGACUUGAACCUGCUAGCUGCUGCCUACCUGAGUAGACGUUUAUUUAUGAACUUUUGUGUAUUGCAAUGUAUGAAUUUGCUCGUGUGAAGACUGGCUAUCAGCUGAAAAGUAUAUUAUUCAUUACAAAACAAAUCACAUGUUUAAUUCACAUUUUUCAAGUUUCCUAUGACGUGUAUCGUCUGUCCAUUUCAGUCGAACUUACAAGAACAAUUGAUAUUCUAGUUGUACAAAGCAGUUUGCCUGUGCAUAUGACCCACGUAACUUUUUGUCUCAAAGCUGCAGCCGUAGUCCUCAGAAAGGAAGCUCCAGGACAUUUCAUGACUAUAAUGCAUGCACUAUUUAUAUAGACUGACCCGGCUUUAAAACAUGGAGCCUGGCAAGUUCCUCAUAUAAUCAGUGUAUCCACCUGUCCUUCAUUUUUAUAGUCUUAAAAAAACAAAACUCUGUAACUUUUGCAGUUUUAAGAAAUAUAUAGGAUCUGAAAGACUCAUCAAGAUGUAGGAACAGACUGUGUAAUUAAUGGCUCCUGAGUCUACACUGCCCUGGUACAUUAAACAUUAGAAUAUACUUUGAUUCAAAAUAAGCCUGAAAAUAUGAAUUGACUUCCUGCAUAAAAACAAUUAUUGGGAACUUUCUUAGUAACAAAGUCCUGUUAAUCUCUAAAUGAUCCAGCGAUAACCUAGAUUUCUCUUCUGUACAAUACAGCAAUUGCAAUUCAUUAAAGUAGAGCACUCACAUUGGGCUCUAAGACUCCCAGUUAAGUGGGACCUAAAAUUCCACUCUAUAUCCACAGGUAAUAGCUACUUUAGUUCACACCAACAGAAUACAUUAGACUAAUGGUAUGAAAACACUAGUGGACCUUUGUUAAAGAAAAACACCUGGACAUACACCUAAAAUGGACUGUAUUCAGGGGUUGAGGGUGAUGUUUACAACCUAUUUUGUGAAAACUGCCCGUACAAACUAAGGAUUAAAAAAUUUUCUGACCUAGCUGGGCGAUGGUGGUGCACGCUGUUAAUCCCAGCACUUGGGAGGCAGAAGCAAGUGGAUCUCUGAGUUCAAGGCCAGUGUGGUUCCAAGACAACUAGAACUACACAAUGAAACCCUGUCUUGAAAAGCCCAAAAAGAAAAAAAAAAUUGAAACCUAAGUAAAAAUCUUUGAUGUAUCUAGUUGUCCCUGACCAAAUGAUGCAUUCAUGUUAUAAAUACUAAAAUUCUUUUCAGGUUAUGGUCAGGCAUCUUAUGAAAUACUAUUAGCAAGGAAAACAAGAACAUGUUAUCUUUAGUUUAUGAUGCCUACUGAACAAUCUCAGAAACAUAAAGGCAGUCCGAUACAGCUUGACAGUGAGUACACACUGCCUAAAUGUGUUAGCAUACUUUAAAAAAAAAUCCUGUUAUCCAACUGUUAGGUUGCCAUGAUUUAUUUUUUAAGAGAGAUGACCACCACUGUAGCCUUUUUGAAUUUGUAAGGAGAAAGAAAUGCAACAUCCAACAUUUCAAAUAGAUUUUAAAUGGAAGAUGUUAGCUUUAAAAACGUGCUAUGAUAAUGUACUUGUUAGCACUACACACCUUGUACAAAGAAAAACAAGCAAGAAACGUCGGGAAAGGGAAAGCUUCCUCUGUGUGCUUUUACACUGAGUUGUGUUCUGAAACAUGGAGAUCAUUUCUGGCAUAUUUAUAAGACCACUGUAUGGUCUAUGUAAAUAAAAAUGCUGGUGUGAAAUUUCCAGUAAGUGAAUUCUUUCUGUCUUGUUUCAAAAUGUUUAAAUAACUGAAUGUUUGAAAUAUCUGAAUCUACUGCAUAAUGUAACAAUUUAAAUUGUACUGCACCAAAACUUUUACGCCACUUCUCCUAUUAGAUAAUCACCACCAAGGCCUUGUUACAUCUCCGUGUCUACAGAUGAAGAAAGAAACUUCUUCCAAGUAAUCCAAGGAUGAAUGCUCAGAAUGUGAACAUUACACUUUUCUGUAAGACAUCCAGAAGCUGAUUAACAGUUUAUGUUUCACCCCUAUGUACCCUGGGGUGGUGCUAUCUUGAUUUUUACAGAAACCGUUUUGGAGAAUUAACUUGCCUUGUGUAUACAAAACUUGAACUAGUUUGACC